AUGCCGAACGACAUGGACAUCCCUCAGAGCACAUCCGCUCUCGCUCAGAGUUUGAAUGCGGUCAAGUUGUCAGAUAGCCCGCUGGAGUCGCGCGUCCUACCACGGGAGUUCUACGACCAAUUUCUGUCGAAGUCAUCCAAGGGUCGCAUUGAGGAUCCUAUUCGCGCACUCCUCCCGCUCGAGGACCGCCCGGGCUUGAUCUCGCUGCUCGCAGGCAAGCCCAAUGUCGAUACCUUCCCGAUCACCUCUAUGCAGUUCAACCUGCGCGACCCCGCAUCGAGUGCGGAGAGCACCAUUGUGCUCACCGAGGCCGAGCUCGCAAGGGGCCUGCAGUACAGCGGCAGCGCCGGCAUCCCGGAUCUCCUAGACUGGCUCGUCGGGCUGCAAGAGUACAACCACGGCCGCAAGCGUGGCGAGGGCUGGGGCCUGUGCUUUGGUACCGGCUCGUCAGAUUUGAUUUACAAGGCGGUCAACGCGCUCCUGGAUCCCGGAGAUGUCGCGCUCAUUGAGGCACCCAUCUACGCAGGCGUAUUUCCGGUCUUCCACGGCACAGGAUGUGAGAUGAUAGAGGUCCGCACCGAUGAGCACGGAACGGACGCGCAGGGCCUGCGUGAGAUGCUUGAGAGCUGGCCGGCGGGGAAGCCCAAGCCCAAGGUUCUGUACACUGUACCGUACGGCUGCAACCCUACGGGCAUGACAUCCACACUCGAGCGGAGGCUGCAAGUACUCGAGCUCGCGCGCGAGCACAACUUCCUCAUCCUCGAAGACGACCCUUACUACUACCUGUACUUCGGGAGCGCACCGCGCCCUCCCUCAUACUUCACGCUCGAGCAGGACCAGCCCGAGGUCGGCCGCGUCGUGCGCUUCGACAGCCUCUCCAAGGUGCUCUCCUCGGGGAUGCGCAUCGGCUUCAUCUCCGCGCCGCAGUGCAUCAUCGACGCCGUCAUCCUCCACACGAUGACGUCGAACCUGCAGCCGCCGACGCUGACGCAGGUGAUCGCGCUGCGCCUGCUGCGCGAGUGGGGGUACGACGGCCUGCGCGCGCACGUCGAGCGCGUCGCGCAGUUCUACCACGCGAAGCGCGACGUGUUCGAGGGCCUCAUGCGGAAGCACCUCGACGGGCUCGCGGAGUGGGCCACGCCCGAGGCGGGCAUGUUCUUCUGGUUCAAGCUGAACCUGGGCGACGCGGCGGAGGGCGACUCGGAGGCGGUCAUCCGCACGAAGGCGCUCGAGAAGGGCGUGCUGGCGCUGCCCGGCACGGUGUUCCACCCCGGCGGUAGGAAGACGGCGUACGUGCGGGCGUCAUUCAGUCUGCUGCCCGAGGACCAGGUUGAGGAGGCGCUCCGGCGGCUCAGGGAGGUAAUCCUCGAGGCCCGCAAGGAGGCAGGUGUCUCGGAGUGAGUUGACGAGGGGUCGUCACCAAGUCACUGCGGUUCGAACGGACACCAAAAACAACCGGUGUACUUGUGGUUGCAAACGGGCGGAAGGCGGACAACGCCUACCUUAGAC